AUGCUAGAAAUCCCGCCGGGCACCGUCGACGCGGAGAAGUCGGCGGACGCCCUUGCGGCGAAGCUCCGCGACGUCCUGAGUCCGGACGAGGUCCAGAUCCAUCGACCGACGAAAUGCGUCGAGAUCAGGGUCGUGGAUCUGGACGACUCAGUGACGGCGGAGGAGGUGGUGGCAGCGGUCGCCAAAGAUGGAGGUUGCUCCGAGGGCGCUAUCAGGCCGGGCGUGGUCGUCCGGAGCGCCAACGGCUGCAGGUCGCUGUGGCUCAGCUGCCCAGUCGCGGCGGCCAAGAAAGUUCUUGUGGCCGGCAGAGUCAGAGUGGGGUGGAUCUCGGCGCGGGUGUUAUUGCUCGAGCCGAGGCCACUCCGCUGUUACAGGUGUCAAGAGGGAGGGCACAUGGGGGCCGCUUGUGACAGGGGUGUGGACCGCAGCCGUUUGUGCUUCCGCUGCGGCCAACCCGACCACAAGGCCCGCGAAUGCACCGCCGCUGAAGCGAACUGCAUCCUGUGUUCAGCGGCCGGUAAACCGGCGACGCACGCCUUGGGCAGUAAGGCGUGCCAGGGCAGCAGAGCUCGCCCUGUCAAAAGAACGGGAGGUGCGGUGACGAAAGGGCCCGUCACCGUGUCCCUACGGACCGAGGAGCCCAUGGAGACCGCACACUAA